AUGGUUUCUGCCAAGAAGGUACCCGCGAUCGCGAUGUCCUUCGGGGUCAGUUUCGCCCUCCUGCACUUCCUGUGCCUGGCGGCUUGUUUAAACGAACCCCCAGGACAGAACCAAAAGGAGGAGAAAUUAUGCCCAGAAAAUUUUACCCGCAUCCUGGACAGUUUACUCGAUGGUUAUGACAACAGGCUGCGUCCUGGAUUUGGGGGUCCUGUUACAGAAGUGAAAACUGACAUAUAUGUCACUAGCUUUGGACCUGUUUCUGAUGUUGAAAUGGAAUACACAAUGGAUGUGUUCUUCAGACAGACAUGGAUUGACAAAAGACUAAAAUAUGAUGGCCCGAUUGAAAUUUUGAGAUUGAACAAUAUGAUGGUAACAAAAGUAUGGACUCCUGAUACUUUCUUCAGGAAUGGAAAGAAAUCUGUCUCACAUAAUAUGACAGCUCCAAAUAAACUUUUUAGAAUUAUGAGAAAUGGCACAAUUUUAUACACAAUGAGACUCACCAUAAGUGCAGAAUGUCCCAUGAGAUUGGUGGACUUCCCCAUGGAUGGCCAUGCCUGCCCUUUGAAAUUUGGGAGUUAUGCCUAUCCGAAGAGUGAGAUGAUUUAUACCUGGACGAAAGGUCCUGAGAAAUCAGUAGAAGUUCCAAAGGAGUCUUCCAGCUUAGUUCAGUAUGACUUGAUUGGGCAAACCGUAUCAAGCGAAACUAUCAAAUCCAUCACGGGUGAAUAUAUUGUUAUGACAGUUUACUUUCACCUCAGACGGAAGAUGGGUUAUUUUAUGAUUCAAACAUACAUUCCCUGUAUUAUGACAGUAAUUCUUUCUCAAGUUUCAUUCUGGAUAAAUAAGGAAUCAGUUCCAGCUAGGACUGUAUUUGGAAUAACCACAGUCCUGACCAUGACCACACUGAGCAUCAGUGCACGGCAUUCCUUACCCAAAGUGUCCUAUGCAACUGCCAUGGAUUGGUUCAUAGCUGUCUGCUUUGCUUUUGUAUUUUCGGCCCUUAUUGAGUUUGCUGCCGUCAACUACUUUACCAAUGUUCAAAUGGAAAAAGCCAAAAGGAAGACAUCAAAAGCCCCCCAGGAAAUUUCAGCUGCUCCAGUGCUGAAAGAAAAGCAUCUUGAAACACCUCUGCAGAACACAAAUGCCAAUUUGAGCAUGAGAAAAAGAGCCAACGCCUUGGUUCACUCUGAAUCUGAUGUUGGCAGCAGAACUGAUGUGGGAAACCAUUCUAGCAAGUCUUCCACGGUUGUUCAAGGAUCUUCUGAAGCCACACCACAGUCUUACUUAGCUUCCAGUCCAAACCCAUUUAGCCGUGCAAACGCAGCUGAAACUAUAUCUGCCGCAAGAGCAAUUCCAUCUGCUCUUCCUUCUACUCCUAGUAGAACUGGGUAUGUGCCCCGACAAGUCCCAGUUGGAUCUGCUUCUACCCAGCAUGUGUUUGGAUCAAGACUGCAGCGAAUUAAGACCACAGUUAAUAGCAUAGGGACUUCUGGAAAGCUGUCAGCCACUACUCCUCCCUCUGCUCCACCACCUUCUGGAUCUGGCACAAGUAAAAUAGACAAAUAUGCCCGCAUUCUCUUUCCAGUAACAUUUGGGGCAUUUAAUAUGGUCUAUUGGGUUGUUUACUUAUCUAAGGACACUAUGGAGAAAUCAGAAAGUCUAAUGUAA